AUGGAGUUUCAUGAUUCAGAUCCCGUUGACUGGGAUGUUGAGGGAGUAGUUAAAUUCCUUUGCGAUCCCGAGUCUCGUCCUUGGGCCGAGGGCUCCAACAUCCCGUUCCCAAAACCAGCGGACCUAGCUGCAGCACUUCAUGAAAACUUUAUCACUGGAGAGGUCCUGCUAGAGGAAGUUGACAGGCUAUCUCUCAAAGACGACCUCGGAAUCAAGGCCUUAGGUCAUCGAUCCGGCAUCAUGAAGGCGAUUGAGUGGCUGCGAAUCCGAUCUACGAAGUACCAAGCCAAGACUCGUCCAUCUUCAUUACAAGAUUUUCUCUCCCCGCGAUCUGCAUUUUCACCUCAGAUUCCGCAUUCCAGACCUCUAGGCUCUAUUGCUACUGCUCCUGCCUCGGAAGUUCCCCUUGUCAGCUCCUCUGGAGCUGGUGUGCGACCAUCGAUAACGCCACAAGGAAAACGCAGAAUUGCUCCUCAAUUGGUGCGUACAUUUAAGAAAAGCAAAACGUCAAAGGAGAACCCACCGUCGCCUGGGGGUCAUUUUGAUUCGAACAAUACCAAUAAAUCCGUUCCAGCUCACAAUCAUCCAACAACCCAACCUCCCCGGACGAGACAAGUCAAUACAGCCGAAGACCAACCCCACUUCUCCCAGCAGGCAGCACCUAAUCAUAGUCCCCAGCCAGAGAGCAUUGAACAGCCGGAGCAUAUUCACGAACAAGCCACCUCGAGAACUCCCACGGAAGAAGCAUUCCUCAAUAGUCUGCUUCAAAAAUACCCACCGGAAGCUGAUGACGCCGAUUUGUUCCCUCUUUAUGGUGAUUCUGGAUCCGAGGGCCAGUUUGACGAGGAAACUUGGGAGGAGAUGCAGAUCGAGGCCAAGGAAUUACAAGAGAAUACAAACCAACCUAAUCCCGCCGAGAAGGCUAGCCUUUCCCGCGAGGAAUGUAUGGAAUUAAUUGCAAACCACAUCGCACAGAAAGAAGACCUCUGGAAAGAAAAGCGCUUGCCAAAGGAACUUCCAAAAGCUCCAAAAAUAUGGGACCGGUCACACAUGAAUGGAUCACUUGAGCAAGACAAAAGUGAUCUCUCCAGAAGAAUCUUUCUCUAUCAGAAACGCUUAGAAAAACUGAAGGCUGGGCUCUUGGAAGUUGACUCCAAAGAUCGGGCAUUUUUCUUGCUGUCAUGUGCCUCUCUUGACAACACCAUUUCCGAUAUCUGCCUGGACAAAUGGACACUCCAGAUACUGGAGCUUGAGAAUCGUCCUCCUCGCGUGGAACCGCCACCAAGAAUCCCGAAGCCUCAAAAGGAGCCUUUGAAUUUCAGAGAUGAUGAAAGCCUGGCCUCCGAAAUGGAUACAGACCUUGAAAGCUCUGUCGACGAGUCGGAAUCUGAUGAGUCUGAAUCUGAAGAAGGAGAAAGUGAUUUCAUUGAGAUCGAUCUCGAGGAUGAUUCUGUGCAUGACCAAGUAGACAAGCCUCACAAGGUAUUACCGUUUACUUUGGGCUCGCCUCCUCCUGCUGAUAAACCCCACAAGGGAUUACCGUUCACUUUGGGCUCGCCUCCCCCUGCGGAUGAGCAAGACCUAUCGACUGAACCUGCUCGAAAAAAGCGACGUAUCCAUGACAAUGAAAGUGAUGGUGAGAUCACUUCUGAUACUGGGACAUUCUCUGAAAUUUUGCGACGGGGUGAUGUUGAUACUGUUGAUUUGACCGGUGCUCUUCCUACAUCGGCCAGUGCCGCCGGCUCACGGUCAGCUGCAAUUCCCUCAAGCCUACCACACCCAGGGACUUUGAACGAUGCGGCAGAUGCCGAUGAGAUGCAAAUCGAGACGCCUCCCUUAAACCCAAGCCACUCAAUUGUUCCACAAGAUGCCGAUGUCCCAGAGCUUUCGGUUGACAGCACGCCAACUAGUCCAGUGCGAACGGUUAGAGUGAAUUUGACAAUGCCGCGGCCUGCCGAGCCCGAUUCUCAUAAUUCGCGCAAAACCUCACGUGGCGACAAUGAUUUCCUCAAUGGACUUUCCAGCAUCCCUGAAAAUAUGAUGCUUGAAGUGGAUGAAGAUGAUCUUGAGCUUUUCGACGACGUGAAAUUGUUGGACUUCGAAACAAUUGCAGCUUCAAGGGAUCGCGUUCAAUUACUGGCGAAAUCGAUUCUUGGUCUGCGCCCGCCUGAAGCAAAACUGAUUCGAAAGUUUCUGGAUGAUUUCAUGCUUCCUCAGCUCAUGGAUCUAGUUCAUGAAGCUCUGACUUACCUGCAUAACGACCGAGCGAGCUUUCCCGAUCGAGACGAAAAUGAAAGUCUAGGGAUCAUGCGUCUCGCGGCCGUCAACUUCAAAGAGCCUCCAAUCUACUUGCAUAAAGAUAUCGGAGAGCACGUGAAACCACAUCAGCUCGCGGGUAUUCAAUUCAUGUGGCGUGAGUUGAUAGAGGCCAAAAAGCCUCAGGGUUGUCUGCUUGCCCACGUGAUGGGUCUCGGAAAAACAAUGCAGGUGAUAUCCCUAUUGUGCACAAUCGCCGAUGCAGCGGCGUCAGAUGAUCCUCGGGUUCGCGAACAAGUCCCCGAGAAAUUUCAUCGCUCCCAGACUUUGGUUUUAUGUCCCUCUUCUGUGGUCCAGAACUGGACAGAAGAGUUCUCCUUCUGGAUGCCCAAAGGGCAUAAUCUCGGCGCAGUCUGGGAGAUCAUGUCUGGAAACAACAUGGAGAGCGAAGAUAGGUUUCAUGUCAUCAAGGCCUGGGAUCAAGGUGGCGGUGUUCUGAUCAUCAGCUACGAUUUGUUUCGCAUAAUCGUACUCAACAAAUCAACCCGACCGACAAACCGCAACAGUCUCUCUGACGAACAACAUGAUUUUGCGAAGGAGGCUCUUCUGUCUCGACCUAAUAUUGUCAUUGCUGAUGAAGCCCACAGGCUCAAAAAUGAAAAGUCUGCCAUCUCACAGGUAACAUCACGUUUCAAGACAUUGAGCCGCAUCGCUAUGACAGGGUCACCAUUGGCUAACCACCUUUGGGAGUAUUAUCAAAUGGUCGAGUGGGUUGCACCGGGAUAUCUUGAAGAUGCAGCUUCUUUCAAGACAAAGUUUUUGGAACCAAUCCAGUCCGGGUCUUAUAUCGACAGUACUCGUCAACAGCAGAGGGAGAGUCUCUGUGCCCUCAAGAUCCUCAAUGGAAUUUUGAAACCCAAGGUUCUCCGAGCGGAUACUUCAGUCAUCGCAUCGGAUCUUCCCCCCAAGACCGAAUUUGUUAUCCGGAUUCCUCUCACGAAUCUACAAGAAGCAGCCUACAACACUUUCGUGUAUGCUGCCCAGGAGGGGGACGAUAUUGACAGCAAAUUGUACACCUGGCUUGCUAUUUUGCAGCUUUGUUGUAACCAUCCGCAACCGUUCUUGGAAAAGCUUGCAGAUCGCGUGAAACAACCCGAAGAUCCUGAAGGAUCUGUUCUGCCUAGAUCCAUGAAGGAGAGUGGACUCCCAGCAGACUUGUGGUCUAGGAUAAACGCACUUUUCACACUUGUACCACGGAUCGAAGAUCCCAGUUUAUCCCAUCGUGCUACCCUACUUAACAGAAUCCUUGAUGAGUCCAUCAAGAUCGGUGAUAAGGUUCUGAUUUUCACCCAGAGUCUCCCGACCAUGAACUUCAUUAACCUUAUGUUGACGGAACGCCGCCUGAAGUUCCAACGAAUUGAUGGCUCCACUAAUGCGGUUGAACGCCAAGCGAUCACCAAAAGGUUCAACACUGGACUUGAUCAGCAGGCUCUUCUCAUCUCCACCAGAGCUGGUGGGGUGGGUCUCAAUAUGUUUGGGGCUAAUCGCGUCGUCAUCUUUGACUUUCUGUUCAACCCGAUGUGGGAAGAGCAGGCUGUUGGCCGAGCUUACCGACUCGGCCAGACCAAAACAGUCUUUGUCUAUCGAUUUGUGUCCGGCGGAACCUUUGAGGAAAAUGUCUUCAAUAAAGCGGUGUUCAAAAGACAGCUCGCAGUCCGCGUGGUGGAUAAAAAAAAUGUCGUCCGCGAAAGCUCCAAAAACUCACCGAUUCUUCUGCAUCCGGUGAAGCCGGUGAAAAGAAGAGAUCAUACUGAGAUCAAAGGGAAAGACAAAGUUCUUGAUGAGAUUCUUGCAGGGCCACACGGAAAUAUCAUUCUGGAGGUCUCCGUAUCCCACAUCCAAGACAACGAAAAUGAUCGUCUCACCGAGGCAGAGAAUCUUCGUGUGGACGAUGAGCUUAGAAUGGAGCGUCUGAAACGUUCCAACCCACGGGAAUUUGAAGCAGAGAUGAAGCGAAGGCAAGAUAUCCAAGCAGCCCGUGAUAAUGCUCAUAAUCAGGAGAUUUUCCUGCGGCGACAGUCUGAUUUUGUGACGGCGAUGCAGUCUCCUAAACCACCUGGACCUGGAGUACAAGCUGGCCCGACGCCAGGUUUGUUUCUCCCACAUUCCCCUCACCAACUGCCCCCGAGGUUUCAGCCUCUUCCAGGAGCCGGCCAAUCCAUUACGGGUGUGACAUCCGACUCCACAUCCGCAAUCGCUCCUUCAUCUAUCGGGCCUAAUCCGAGCUUCAUACAGCCUUCGUACACCCCAAGCUCUGCAGCUUCCACUUUCAACCCUCCCGGGCCUCCACAGAUGCCGACAAAUUACAUGCCAAGCACGAUGUCUCUGCAACAUACAAGCCAUCAGCAGAAUCAGCAAGCCCCGAGAUCAGAUCUCCCAGCAUCUUCUUUGGUGAAUCAGUUCCCCACAACUGAUGGGAGUGCGGACUUGAUUGAAAUUGUCGACCUAUCUACUCCUCGCGCAACAGCAUCACCGGUUGCAGAACCCUCCGAUGACAGAGAUACGGCAGUGAGCAUGAGUGAGAACGAGUAUGAACCCCCACAACCAAACCUCUGA